AUCCAGAUUGUGGUGAUGACCAAUUUGGGAUAUUGUUGAAACCUACCAAUUAGCAGCCAGAUGGGAACACCACACGGCAAGUCUACCUAUGAAGGCCCGCGGUCUCCAAAAAGCCCCACUCCUUUCCGUCCGAUUAGCGGGCAGCUCAUCAAGGCUGAGCCACGGUCAAUGUUCUCGUCCUUCUCAGGGCUGAUAGCUGGUGUUAAGCAUACUGCAUAUCGAGGGGUCAACAGUAUCCUCGACACUGUCCUUCGCACAAAGGCUACUCGAAAACGCGCCCCUGGAGCCAUCAACAAACCACAGUCAACACGAAACCUUCUUCGAAGCGUGCCGAGAGAUGGUAUUACCAAAAAGCGCCCAGAGGUGAAUGGAGCAGCAAGCAGGAGACGGGCGGAGCUGGCUUUGGAGUACUUGACGCACGAGACAGGGCAAAAGAGUGAGGACACGGAUAGUUCCAUUGACACGGAUGAGGACUUGGGCAACGGUGGAGAGCCGAGAGGGUUACUGUUUACGACUCCACCAAAGAAGGUAAAGAGACGGUCAAGUUUAGACUUGUCAGAGUCUGAAAAGGAAAAUAAACGUGGGAGAAAGCUCGAGAAUGAUGUUUCACCGCGAAAUUGUGAAAGCGACCGUAUUGCGGCCUUGGAACGAAAAAUCGAAGUGCUAGAACGAGUGCUUGCCGCCCAGGCACCAGUGUCAGCCCUACCUGCACCACCUCCUCCUCCACCACCACCACCCCCUCCCCUACCCACGCCAAAUUCCUCAAACCUGCAGAUUCCAUCGUCAACCUCUAAAAAAUCAACUGCCCCCUCUCCCGCUCGAGAUCCCCGCUUCAUCAACAUGAACCACCACGUGAUGAGGAAAAUAUGUGAAGAGAUUAAGGAAGUAAAAUUACGAAGAACAAAUGUCAUGAGAUCACCGGGUGGGACAAUAAUGAGAACCCGAGAUCCAGAUCGUGAGCCUGACGAGCAAGACCAUGAGGCUGUCCUAGCACAUGCAUUACGGAAAAAGUUUAAGAGUUUGAAUUCAGAGUCUACAGACUCUAGUCCUGAAGUGACAGAACGGGACUGGGGUUGACGAAACAAUUGCUAAAAGAAUUUUUUGGCCGAAAGGUGAAUGUACGUUUUUUUUGGUAUUACAGCUAGGUUAAGGAGAAUGGAGUACCUGGAAAGUUUACGGUUAAUCUUAUAUUUAUUUCGCCCAAUUUAACCUGUACGUGGAGCUGGAUCUCAACAGGAGAAUGUCGUACCACAUUCUGACCAUAUUUCAACGUGGCCCAAAUCCCGAGAUGCAUUUUUUAGUGGAAUUGAAACAAAUCAUGUAUGGUUAUCAAAUAUUGAAAAAAGCAAAACAGAUUUCCAAGAAG